UUUACUUUCAAUAAGAUAUUUCAGAAAUCACUUAGUAAAAGACUUAAAAUAAAACAAAAUAUUUCUAUUCUAGCUAAUACAUAAAUGGGUAAGAAUAACAAGCAAGUUCCCUAAAACUAAUCCUAAAAGGUUGCUUAAAAGCUCAGUUAGCCAAUAUAAAAGGAUAAGCAUAAUAAUGCCUCUUCAAGUAAUAACAAUAAAAACAACAAUAGUACAUUCAAGAGCAACUAAAAUGUGAAAAGCAAACCAAACACCAUACAAAAUAAGACAGAUAACUAAAUCAAUACUAAACAAGCUAAUAAAAACAUUGAUGAUUUAUUUAGUAAACUUUAAAAGUCUUAAAAAGAAAAAAAAAUACAAGAUGAAAAAGAAAAAAUAAAAAUAGAAAAGCUAAAAUAAGCCAGAAAAAAGAUCAGGUAAGAAGAACAAAAAUAUAAAACUGACGAAAAUGGUAUAAGAUACACAGAAGAAGGUUAUAGAAUCUAUACAAUUGAAGAAUUAAAUAUAGGCAAAGGAGGUAAUACCGAUCAAUGUCCUUUUGACUGUGAAUGUUGCUUUUGA